GGAAAAUUGAUUUUAGAUCUUCUUGUUUAGAAACGAUGAGGUACUUUACUUUGGCAGCAGCUACAGCAGUUGUAGGAUUCGCUGGAUACGCAGUGUACUUUGACUACAAGCGUAGAAACGAUACUGAGUUUAGAAAGUCAUUGAAAAAGGCUGCAGUCAAACAAACCAAGGUCGAGAAGGCCGCUGCAGAGAAAUCUGCCCAAGAUUUACAGCUCGCUUUGAAAGCUGCUGUUCUGGAAGCAAACAUCGAGGUCGAGGCAUUCAAGAGGUCCGUCACUGGGGCUGAGCAAGGCGAGGCUUACUUUAUGCAAAACGUCGGCAACGGUGAAGUGUUGGCUUCUAUGGGCCCAGAUAGCGAGCUCAAGGCAGCAACCGCAUUCUUCAAGGCACUCAAGGUCUACCCAUCCCCAGUUGAACUCUUGAUGAUCUAUGAGAGAACAGUACCACCUCACAUCUUCCAACUCGUCAUGCAAAUGACCAGCCAGGAGGUCGCAAACGCCCAAUCACAAAAGCCAGCGGAGCAACCUAAGGAACAAGAACCAGAAAGCAAGAAAGCCGCCGUUGAGGAACAAGCAACUGAGGAUAAGUCAGCCGAGGAUCAGCAGAAGCCUUCGACUUCUGCUCCUUCUGGUACUCCUGCCUCUGCACCAUCAGACACCAGCUCUCACGAGUGGGAAAACAUCAAUGGCAACGAGUCAAACAAGCAAUCUUAAUUUAAUUACUGCACGUAGCGCCUCCUAUAAUAGAUUGGCAUCCCUUUCUCACUUUGUAUUUCUUGAUUCACGAGAUUUCUAUCAUCUAGCCUAGGCAUACAACAUGCAUUCAAAGGAGUAUAUAUACAUACAUUUAAAAAUCAUCAUUGUCGUAAUCAUCUCUAUCCACUAAACGUUCUGGAUAUUGUCUACUAAACCUCUCUAAGCGUUUUGUCAGUUGUUGGGCAACAUCCAUCUGGUCGUAGGCGUAACCAUCAUCAUCAGAGCUGGAGCAGCUACUAAAAUCAUUAAACAUGUUAUUGUACGCGAACGAUCUUCUUCUUUCAUAUUCCCAGUCAUCCAUUUCGUAAUUUUCAUCUGUAUUUUCCGGUGGGAAUUGCGAAGGUAAUUCUCUCCUAAAUUCAUCAUUCAUAUCAGACAAAUGUAUUCUGUAGCUCCAUCUACCAACUCCGUUCCAUCCUGUACCUGCUCCACUUAUCGCUGAUGGUGAGCAACAUCCUGAUGACAUUGGUGAAACACAACUAGAAGGCAUUGAACCUGGGUUAGAUUUCGCUUUUGCGGUACUGAAUGAUAAUGCACCAGGCGGAUGCUUCCGACGUCUCCGAGUGCUUGCUGUAGAGUUAUGAGAAUUGUGCCUACUUAAUAAAACGCGAGCUGCAAAUCCAAUUCGUGAACCUGAUCGACUACUCAUACUAGCGCUGCUGACACUAUCUCCGGAAGUGGAUCUAAGCAUUUGAUUAGAUGGUGAAAGCUCCUUCGCUCUCCGAAUACUCUCUAAUGGACUGAGUAAAACUAAUACAUCCUUAACUGCAUCUUGAUAUUCGCUUGAUGUUUCAUUAAUGUUUUGGUAAUCAGUUGGUAAGCGCAUAAAAACUUCAUUCCAACGGCCUUCCCAACCUCUACAAUGUUUGUUGAUCUCCCAACUACCAAACUUAUGACUGAAGGUGCAGUCGAAAAUUCUAAAAAGGAUAUUGUUCACUCGUAAGAAAUGCCUUUGCAAGAUCUCAAAACUGUCAUCGUAGACUAUCAAAGUAGCUCUUAAAGUUGUAUAUCCAGCUGAACCCAAGUCAUCCUCAAAAAACGUAAGUGUAUGAUGACUGAUGACGUUAUCAGCAAGAUUGUGACUGUGUGAUGGUGUAGAAGCUAUACUCCUGUAGGGUGUGCCAUUAAAACUCCUAGUUGAGUUACCGGAAUAGGUUGUAGUGUAUGUCCAAUCGUGACUCUUCUUUGGGAGUUGUGCAUGUGCGCCCUCAUUAAAUGCAUAAGCGACUCUUUUAGCUUCCGCGCCACUUUUGUCAAUCAGAUGCAGCGCAGGCCUAGCGUAAAAUGCCAAAGUGAAAUUACUGAGAUUGUGCGCAAUUUUUAUAGCAUUAUGAGGAAAUAGAAGCAUCGGUGGAUCAAAGCCUAAAUCCUCCUUGAAGCCGAGAAGAUCAUCGUCAGAGGCAGCUGGUCCACUUAUUAAAUUGAAGGUGAAAUCACCGACAUUGAACCCUUCAAUUAAACCUUCUUGUGGAUAACU